AUGAGCAGUUCGCCGCUUGCGCCUCUGAAAAUCCCUAGUAUCCACGGCCUCAAGGCGAGAUUCGCUCCCUCUCUCGUACCAAAAACCCCGGACUCCAGGAUCAUCAACGAUCGCUUCAACCCGAGGCGCUUCAAGCUGCUGUACAAGUACUCCAAAGUCCCACCAGACACUCUGCAAUGGUCCGUCGUCUCCAGCGUGAGCCAAAAGACCAUACCCAAGGCCGUGAUGCGCAAUCGGUUGAAGUGCAGAUGGGCCAAUGCUUUCGCAGAUGCUCUGAGGAAAAACGGGUACCAUGCCAAUGGACGGAGGCUGGCUGGGCCCAAAGACGGCCAUGAUUACAAAGUUGGGUUACGGGGGACUCUGGAGAUCCAUGCUUAUUCCAAGAAUGGUCUCACCAUUGACUACGACGAACUUGUCUCUGCCUCCGGUGGACUAGUCAGAGCGCUUCGGCAGCAUACCUCGAAGGCAAACCAUAAGCCUUCCCGUCCAUCGAUGCUGAGUGGCGAAGGACGAGCUGGUAGACGCUCCCCGUGGUCAACGUGGGACGCGAAUGAGCAUAACAUCCGAUGGUGA